UUCUACCAGUGCUGUGCCAGGAACAACGCCAAGCUGCUGCAGGAGUUACUGGCGCGUGGGGUGAGCCGGGAGGAGGUCACGGAGCUGGAUAUCAACGGGAGGAAUGGGCUCAUGGUGGCCUGCUUCAAGGGCUUCAUGGACAUCGUGACCCUGCUGAGCAAAUGCCCCUACGUAGACAUCAAUCACCAGGAUAACGACGGGAACACGGCCCUCAUGAUCGCUGCUCAAGCAGGACACGUCACGGUAGUUAACUAUCUCCUGAACUACUACCCCAUGGUGGAGAUCGAGAAGCGGGACGUGCGGGGCCUGACGGCGCUCAUGAAGGCGGCAGUGCAGGGGCGGAAGGAGUGCGUCACCGCACUGCUCCUGGCAGGAGCUGACCUGACAGCGGUGGAUCCUGUCCGGAGGAAGACAGCCCGGGAGUGGGCAGGUCUGACUGGGCGCUUCGAGACCAUUGUGCAGAUCCGGAGCAUCCUGCAGCGGCCCCGAGCCGAGCAGUUCAGUGACCAGUACCAGCCCGAGUGGCCGGCACUGCCCGAGUUGGUGGCCAAGGCACUGGCCACUAAAUCCAGGUGCAAGAGACUGUUGGAGAAGAUCUGCUCCACCUUCAGCAUCAACCUCCCGCAUGACCCCGAGGCGGACGGGGUGAUGGACCACAUGGUCCGGAUGACCACAUGCCUGGCCAGCCCCUUUGUGGCUACGGCCUGCCAAACCAUUUGCCCCGGGAGCCCCCCCGAGGUGGGCAAGCAGAGGCUGUCAGUGCCGGAAAUCCUCAAGGAGUACACGCCGGAUCCUGAUGCCAAGUCCGAGCCCGACUCAUCCUCCUGCAACGGCCAGGCUGUGUCAGAGACCCACGUCCUGGUCCCGUACCGGAGCCCCUCCGGCAUGCUGAGCUUCCUCCCCCUGCGGCUACUGCGCAGGAACAGCGUCUUCCCCGGGGGCCACAUCCCCAAAAUCAAACUGGUCAAGGCCACCUUCCCCCCGGCCUGCCAGGAGAAGCCGCCGCGGUCGCGGAAAAACAAGAACACGCUGGAGCUGCCCAAGUGGAAGUACAAGGAGCUGAAGGAGGAGAAGAAGAAAGCGGCUGAGGCGGAGGAGAAGCAGAAGGAGACGACGACAAAAACGAAGACGAGCAAAGGGAAGAAGUCAUAG